GUGUGAGAGCUCUGUUUUUUUCAAUUCUUUAAAUGACUUAAAUAUACUGGUAUAUAAAGACCUUAUAAGCACUCCAUCACUCAACCAAUUAACCAAUCACCAACCACCACUCAAUCGACCAAUCACCAGCCAUGUUCUGGUGUUCCACUACCUGGUGAAAGAUCAACCGAAUUCUGCCAUUCCUCCACCAUCAGAGACCCUUACAGUAUAUGAUGGAAAUGCUUGCUUCUACAAUAUGAUGAACAUUCCAGACACAUUUGCAGAGAUCUCCUCAUUGCUAUUUGACAGCAUAACUACGUCUGGAUGUGGAGACAUCAUUUUCAGCACAGACCAAUACAGUCCCGAAUCCAUCAAGUCAAUGGAAAGGAAACACCGUGGCUGUGGAGAGAAGUUAAUUAUAGGGGGUGGAGCAACAAAACGUCCCACGGAGUGGAAACAGUUUUUAACGAAUGAGGAAAACAAGGUGCAGUUUAUCAGACUUAUAUUAAAGCAAUGGAGUGAUGAUAAUUGCGCUUCAAAACUGCAAGGCCGCAAAGUCAUUUUUAUCUGUGAAGAAUGUGCAUACCUUACAUCAGGGGACGGUUUGACAACAAGAAAGACUGAAAUUCCAUUACUCAGGUCAUCACAGGAAGAGACCGACACCAGGGUUGUCCUUUACAGCCAAUAUGCUGCAAAUGACCAUAAUACCAACGUUCGGAUCAAGAGUCCUGACUCUGACCUAUUCUUCAUUUUGCUGCACUUUGCUGGAACCAUGGGCAUCAACAUCCUACUUGACACCAAGAUACAGAGAAAGUCCAGACUGAUCAAUGGCACACAAACUGCAGCAGAACUUGGCCAAGAAAAGUGCACAGCUGUACUUGGUCUCCAUGGCUUCACUGGGAAUGAUGCUACAAGUGCAUUCCGGGGCAAAGGUAAACUUCUUCCUCUAACGAAGAUGUUCAAAGCCCCCCAGCCUGUUACCAACCUUGCCAAACUUGGUGAAACCUGGACAGUGACAGAAGCCCUUAAUGAUGAUUGUGAAAAAUUCACAUGGGCCUUGUAUGGCGAAAAGAAAGCUGAAAAGGUUGAUGACAUGCGAUUGAACAUCAUUAACAAACUUUGCACCAAACACGGAAAGUCUAUUCCUGGAAAUGUGGACAUGGCUUUGCUACCACCAUGCAGAAAAAGCCUCACGCAGCAUGUCCACAGGGUUCAUUUUCAGGUUGCCCUGUGGACAAGAGCCAACAUCAACAAUCCUGUAAUUCCAUCCGUGGGUCAAGGACAUGGGUGGUUAAUGGCAUAAAGUGGUAUACAGCCCCUGUGGUAUGAAGGUGAGAGUCAGCCACAGAGGUUGGAGGACAUCUGUGGUGAAGUCCACUGUGAUGAUGAAGAAUGAAGUUGAAAGUGAUUGGUCAAGCACAGACAGUGACAGUAGCAGUGAAUGAACUGUCUGCCUUGAACUAAACCUUUCCCCAAAUGUUCAAUAAACUUUGUUUAUGAUUCAACUUGUUUCCUUCUAUUGUGGUGUUGUGCUCCAACUUGCACAGAUGUGACAGUGACACAUACAGUACUGCUCGCUAUAUUGUCAAUAUUUCCAGUAGUUAGUAAUUAAACUAUUAUUAUACUUUUACAAAUUGUUAAUGUAUUUGCCUGUAAGGUCUUUAUAUACGUGUAUGGUUGUAUGGAUGAGUCAUUUAAAGGAUCAGAAAAAUGAAAAAUACUCUCACACAUCAUAUAACUGAA